AUCGGCGCCGCCUCCCUGCGCUCUGCACCUCGCUCGGGGGCAAGCCGACGACCGUAGCCAGCGAAGGCACGGCACAGAAGCGGGCGAAAGGCCUUUUCGCCCGGCUGCAAGGCCGCCAUGGCCGUCACCGACUGGAGGCCGCGGCGCACGGCAGAAUCGCGACAGUUCGAAGCGUUGCUUUACGGCAAGGCCGCAAAACCUGACGCAGGGAGCAGUGCGGCCGACCGUGCGCAGUACACGCUGUGGGCUGGCUCUGCGGCCGGAGCGGCCUCUUUGGAAGUGAGGCGCCAACGCCUACCGCGGCUUUUCAGGGGUUGCGGGUUGCUCGGCUUGGGGCGCGGCGGGGGACUGCAACGCUGCGGAAAUCCAGGCGGCAGACAGAGCGCGAUGGCGUGGGCUGUACAGUGUUUGUGAAACUGAACACAACAAAAGUAUGGAUAUGGGAAACCAACAUCCUUCUAUUAGUAGGCUUCAGGAAAUCCAAAAGGAAGUAAAAAGUAUUGAACAGCAAGUAAUUGGCUUCAGUGGUCUGUCAGAUGACAAGAAUUACAAAAAACUGGAGAGGAUUCUAACAAAACAACUUUUUGAAAUAGACUCUGUAGAUACAGAAGGAAAAGGAGACAUUCAGCAAGCUAGGAAGAGGGCAGCACAGGAGACAGAACGCCUUCUCAAAGAGUUGGAGCAGAAUGCAAACCACCCACACCGGCUGGAAAUACAGAACAUCUUUAAGGAAGCCCAGGCCCUUGUGAAAGAGAAGAUUGAGCCCUUUUCCAGCGGAGGUAGCUGUGUAACUGAUGAGUUUGAGGAAGGCAUCCAGGACAUCAUUCUGAGGCUGACACAUGUUAAAACUGGAGGAAAGAUCUCCUUGCGGAAAGCAAGGUAUCACACACUAACCAAGAUCUGUGCGGUGCAAGAGAUUAUCGAAGACUGUAUGAAGAAGCAGCCUUCCCUGCCACUCUCUGAGGAUGCACAUCCUUCCGUUGCCAAAAUCAACUGUGUCAUGUGCGAGGUGAACAAGGCCAGAGGCACUCUGAUCGCACUUCUGAUGGGAGUGAACAGCAGUGAGACUUGCAGGCACUUAUCAUGCGUGCUCUCAGGGUUGAUUGCCGAUCUGGAUGCUUUAGAUGUGUGCGGGCGUACAGAAAUCAGAAAUUAUCGGAGGGAGGUAGUUGAAGAUAUCAAUAAGUUGUUGAAGUAUCUAGAUUUAGAAGAGGAAGCUGACACCACGCAUGCAUUUGACCUGAGACAGAACCAUUCCAUUCUUAAAAUAGAAAAGGUCCUUAAGAGGAUGAGAGAAAUAAAAAAUGAACUUCUCCAAGCACAAAGUCCUCCUGAGCUGUAUUUGAGCUCCAAGACAGAACUGCAGGGUUUGAUUGGACAGUUAGAUGAAGUGAGUCUUGAAAAAAACCCCUGCAUCCGGGAAGCCAGGAGAAGAGCAGUGAUUGAAGUUCAAACCCUGAUCACUUACUUGGACCUGAAGGAAGCCCUGGAAAAGAGGAAGCUGUUCACUGGCGAGGAGCACCCAUCACAUAAGGCAGUCUGGAACGUCCUUGGAAAUCUGUCAGAGAUCCAGGGAGAAGUUCUCUCGUUUGACGGAAAUCGAACCGAUAAGAACUACAUCCGGCUGGAGGAGCUGCUGACCAAGCAGUUGCUGGCCCUGGAUGCUGUUGACCCACAAGGAGAAGAGAAGUGUAAAGCUGCCAGGAAGCAGGCCGUGAAGCUGGCACAGAACAUCCUCAGCUACCUCGACCUGAAAUCCGACGAGUGGGAGUACUAAAUACCAGAGCUCACGCUCAUCUUGCUUGUUUUGCACUUUAUAUAUACUUCUAUGUAUUUAUAGAGAGCUUUCAGUUCAUGGAGCCUAAAUGUGAUUUAUACAUACCUAUUUCAUUCUCAGUAUUUAUGAUUUUAGCAAAUUAUAUUCAGAAUCCGCUGCUUUUGAUGUUGCAAAACAAAUAUCAUUACAGCACAUUAACUUUUCCAUUUGGAUCAUUA